AUGCAGUAUGACGAGGACGACGACGAGAUCACGCCCGACCUGUGGCAGGAGGCCUGCUGGAUCGUUAUCAGCUCCUACUUUGACGAGAAGGGCCUGGUCAGGCAGCAGCUGGAUUCCUUCGACGAGUUUAUCCAGAUGUCCGUGCAGAGAAUCGUGGAGGACGCUCCGCCGAUCGACCUGCAGGCCGAGGCCCAGCACGCCACGGGGGAGGUGGAGGAGCCGCCCCGCUACCUGCUGAAGUUUGAACAAAUUUACCUCUCCAAGCCGACUCAUUGGGAGAGAGAUGGAGCCCCCUCACCUAUGAUGCCCAACGAAGCCCGGCUGAGAAACCUCACGUAUUCAGCCCCUCUGUACGUGGAUAUAACUAAGACAGUUAUCAAAGAGGGGGAAGACCAGUUGCAGACCCAGCACCAGAAGACAUUUAUCGGGAAAAUCCCCAUCAUGUUGCGCUCCACGUACUGCUUGCUGAACGGCCUCACUGACCGCGAUCUGUGCGAGCUGAACGAAUGUCCCCUGGACCCYGGCGGCUACUUCAUCAUCAACGGAUCAGAGAAGGUCCUGAUCGCUCAGGAGAAAAUGGCUACAAACACAGUGUACGUGUUUGCCAAGAAGGACUCCAAGUAUGCCUACACGGGAGAGUGCAGGUCCUGCCUGGAAAAUUCUUCUCGACCAACAAGCACCAUCUGGGUUAGCAUGCUGGCCAGAGGCGGGCAGGGUGCAAAGAAGAGCGCUAUUGGCCAGCGGAUUGUGGCAACUCUGCCAUACAUCAAACAAGAGGUGCCCAUCAUAAUUGUCUUCCGUGCACUGGGCUUUGUGUCUGACAGGGACAUCUUAGAGCACAUCAUCUACGACUUUGAGGAUCCAGAAAUGAUGGAGAUGGUCAAACCUUCUUUGGAUGAGGCCUUUGUGAUCCAGGAACAAAACGUCGCUCUGAACUUCAUUGGCUCGAGAGGCGCAAAGCCAGGUGUCACCAAGGAGAAGAGGAUCAAGUACGCAAAGGAAGUCCUGCAGAAAGAGAUGCUGCCACACGUGGGCGUCAGCGACUUCUGUGAGACCAAGAAGGCCUAUUUUCUAGGGUACAUGGUUCACAGAUUGUUGCUGGCAGCACUGGGGAGAAGAGAGCUUGAUGACAGAGAUCAUUAUGGCAACAAAAGACUKGAUCUUGCCGGGCCGCUGCUGGCUUUCCUGUUCAGAGGAAUGUUUAAGAAUUUGCUGAAGGAAGUGAGAAUUUAUGCACAGAAGUUCAUUGACAGAGGGAAGGAUUUCAAUUUGGAACUGGCCAUCAAAACAAGAAUUAUUUCGGACGGUUUGAAGUAUUCAUUGGCAACUGGAAACUGGGGGGAUCAGAAGAAAGCUCAUCAGGCCAGAGCAGGAGUGUCUCAGGUGCUGAACCGACUGACGUUCGCGUCCACGCUGUCCCACCUGAGGCGCCUCAACUCGCCCAUCGGCAGGGACGGGAAGCUGGCCAAGCCCCGGCAGCUGCACAACACGCUCUGGGGGAUGGUUUGCCCUGCCGAGACGCCGGAGGGUCACGCCGUGGGGCUUGUGAAGAACUUGGCCCUGAUGGCCUACAUCUCUGUGGGGUCUCAGCCCUCGCCAAUUUUGGAAUUCUUGGAAGAGUGGAGUAUGGAAAACCUGGAAGAAAUAUCUCCAGCAGCAAUAGCCGACGCCACCAAGAUUUUUGUUAACGGCUGCUGGGUAGGGAUACACAAAGACCCGGAGCAGCUUAUGAACACGCUGCGGAAGCUGCGGCGCCAGAUGGACAUCAUUGUGUCAGAGGUCUCCAUGAUCAGGGAUAUCCGGGAGCGCGAAAUCCGCAUCUACACAGAUGCAGGCAGAAUUUGUCGGCCCCUUUUGAUUGUGGAAAAGCAGAAGUUACUGCUGAAGAAACGGCACAUCGACCAGCUGAAGGAGCGGGAGUAUAACAACUACAGUUGGCAGGAUCUUGUGGCCAGCGGUGUAGUGGAGUAUAUCGAUACUCUGGAAGAGGAGACUGUGAUGCUGGCCAUGACGCCAGAUGACCUGCAGGAGAAGGGGGUUGCCUACUGCUCAACAUACACGCACUGCGAGAUCCACCCCUCCAUGAUCCUGGGAGUUUGUGCUUCCAUUAUCCCCUUCCCCGACCACAACCAGUCUCCUAGGAACACGUACCAGUCGGCUAUGGGCAAGCAGGCCAUGGGAGUUUACAUUACCAACUUCCACGUCCGGAUGGACACRCUGGCCCACGUGCUCUACUACCCUCAGAAGCCCCUCGUGACAACGCGCUCCAUGGAGUACUUGCGGUUCAGGGAGUUGCCAGCAGGUAUCAACUCGAUUGUAGCCAUUGCAUCGUACACGGGCUAUAACCAGGAAGACUCUGUCAUCAUGAACCGUUCUGCUGUGGAUAGAGGCUUUUUCAGGUCUGUGUUCUACCGCUCCUACAAAGAGCAGGAGUCCAAGAAAGGCUACGACCAGGAGGAAGUUUUUGAAAAGCCUACCCGGGAAACGUGUCAAGGCAUGAGACAUGCCAUCUAUGACAAACUUGAUGACGACGGCUUGAUAGCCCCCGGGGUGCGCGUGUCUGGGGACGAUGUUAUUAUUGGUAAAACAGUAACUCUGCCGGAAAAUGAGGAUGAGCUGGAAAGCACCAACAGGCGCUUCACAAAGAGGGACUGYAGCACUUUCCUGCGAACUAGUGAGACGGGUAUCGUGGAUCAGGUCAUGGUGACUCUUAACCAGGAAGGAUACAAGUUCUGCAAGAUCAGGGUACGCUCUGUAAGAAUCCCACAAAUUGGAGAUAAGUUUGCCAGCAGACAUGGUCAGAAGGGAACCUGUGGAAUCCAGUACAGGCAAGAGGACAUGCCCUUCACCUGCGAGGGCAUCACGCCAGACAUAAUCAUCAACCCCCACGCCAUCCCGUCCCGCAUGACCAUUGGCCACUUGAUUGAGUGUCUGCAGGGCAAGGUGUCGGCAAACAAGGGGGAAAUUGGGGAUGCGACGCCCUUUAAUGACGCCGUCAACGUGCAGAAGAUUUCCAAUCUCCUGUCAGAUUACGGCUAUCAUCUGAGAGGAAAUGAGGUCCUCUACAACGGAUUCACUGGCCGAAAAAUCACGUCGCAGAUUUUCAUYGGGCCCACGUACUACCAGCGGCUGAAGCACAUGGUGGAUGACAAAAUCCAUUCUCGUGCGAGGGGGCCGAUCCAGAUCCUUAACAGACAGCCCAUGGAGGGUAGAUCUCGGGACGGCGGCCUUCGCUUUGGGGAAAUGGAGCGCGAUUGCCAGAUCGCUCACGGAGCAGCCCAGUUCCUGAGGGAGAGGCUCUUCGAAGCCUCCGACCCGUACCAAGUGCAUGUGUGCAACCUCUGCGGGAUCAUGGCCAUUGCAAACACCAGGACGCACACCUACGAAUGCCGGGGGUGCCGCAACAAAACUCAGAUCUCUCUGGUUCGAAUGCCCUAUGCCUGCAAGCUCCUUUUCCAAGAGCUGAUGUCCAUGAGCAUUGCACCUCGGAUGAUGAGUGUUUAGCCUUUAAAGGGAUGCUUUUUUUAAAUGGUGAGACUGAACUGCUCAGGUUUUGUUCCAUUUCGUGUAGGUUGUAUUCAGAAUACAAUUUCACACACCUGCCAUCUCCUGCGCGAAGGUAUUGUAUGUUUAUUU